AUUUGAAACGUUUCAAACGGGAGGAAGUUAUAAACUUGCAACAACUUUUUGUUGAUCGCGCUCGUUAUCCGAGAAGAAACGGGUUUUGUGUUAAAUUUGAGCCUUUUGAAAAAGUAUGAGUUCUGUUGCGGAGAAGGAAAAUCAGGGAGUGUGUGCUGUAUGGAAGAACAGCAGUUCUGAAGACACUUGUGACAUUUUCUCUUUGGAUCAGCCUAUGGGCAGGCCCUCAAUCCUGCGGCAGUCACAGGCUGACAACAUCAAGACUGCAAAUAAAGGAGCAAAGGUUUGUUUCCAAACUCCACGGCGAGACCCAGUCACAAAGAGGAUUAUGUCCCCAAGCCGCACCAGCAGGAUCACCAGCCAGGAGGACCGCACAAAUACACUGGAGAUUCAAACAUCUAAUGACCAGGUGUUUAAUAGCACUUCUACCACCCCAAUCAACAUUCAGAGUCACAGUGUUGCCUAUCCUGAUGAAGACAUGCCUCUUCAGAUCAGAGGAGCCUACAUACUUGACCUUGGCAACCUAGAUGCCAUCAACCCUUUUCAGGAGUCCAAUAAAAUGGCGAAUUCCCCUCAGAAAUCUCUAUUAGGAAAUUCCCCUUCCAAAUCUCUAUUGGCAAAUUCCAAUCCUAAAUCUUCUGUUGAACCUGUGACUUCUGACCUUAUAGAGUCAGAAUCAAAUGCAGCCCCUAUAUCUGCACCUGAGGAUGAAAAGAAGGUUCCAGAGGUGAUGGAGACUGCACUUGAUGAGACUCUUCCUUUUGUUCCAUCAGUGGAGAAUUCCCUUGUAGAUUGUUCUGCUGACAUAUCUUCAGCAGAGGCCACUGUCAUCAUCAAGAAUGAGAACAUUGAGAAGAUCGCCGCAGACACUGAGGUUUCUGAUAUUAUGGAGUCAGUGAAAGUAUCUCCGCAGAUUCCUGUUAUGGAAAACCAACCAGAGGCCCAAGAAUUGCCACUACCCCCUGCAGGAUCAUACAACGUAGACUUUGACAACCUCGAUUUGCUCAACCCAUUCCAAACUGGUGGCUCAAAGAUCCCAAACUCUCCUGUGCUUGGCAAGGGAUUAGCUGUUCCUAAUCCACUCCUGCCAAGCCAAGAAGGCAAGUGUGAACUGGAGAUCUCAGUCCAGGCCUCUCUAACAGCCACCGAUGCUCCAAUGCCAUCUCAGGAGAAUUUCACCAUCACUGAAGGCUCCUCAUCUGCAGCGCCCCAUAAAGAGAACCAGAUACUACUGGAGUUUAAUUUUGAUGAUGGUGCUGAAGUAAAGUGCAAACCUCCUCCAAAACGACUUGGGGUUAAGAGACCUGCAGGACACAAACCUGUCACCAAAAAACUUGACGCACCAGUGACGGAGAAGAAAGAACCACAACCCAAGCAGGUGUCCCCUACGAACCCUGAGGAGACCGAACCUGUGGACGUUCCUCCUGCUAAAGGUUCUUAUGCCUUUGAUUUUGACAAGUUUGAUGACCCAGACUUUAACCCAUUUGGCACAAAGGCUAAGAUGGGGAACUCACCUCCACGUACCGUCCAGACUAGCCCAGUUUUGACAAAGACAGCAGCCAUUCCAGUUCAGCUGCCUGAGGCCCCUGCACAGGAUGAACCGCCUGAGUGCCGGUCUGCCCAGGCUGCUUUUAAAACUGAUGAAACAAUGGCAGAAACUGAGCUUGCUGCUAUUGUACAGCAAACUGAAGAUGUGGGGUCAUUUGCCACCUCCCACAAUAGCCCAGCCCCUCAGGAGCCAGAAGGCACAGCGACCCCAGAACCCAGGCCAGACCUUCAGAACCAGAUCUGUGACUUUGGUGUGGCAACACCAAGUGAAGAAGAGUUUGUGCAUGGUGCAUUGUUCAUGCCAGGAGGAGAUUUUGAUGGGCAGAUUGAUUACUUGGAGCAGUUUGGAUCAAGCAUUUUCAAGGAGUCAGCCUUGCGGAAACAGUCACUGUAUUUGAAGUUUGACCCACUGCUGAAAGAUAGUCCAAAGAAAACCGAAAUGGAGAGUGGUAACUCUGGAUUCAACAUGCCACGCCCUUCCCUUGCUAUCAGAAUGAUGGAGGCUGCAAAAUCUGAGGGAAAGCGGAAGUCUCAGUGUGACAGUAUGAAGCUGCUAGAUGAUCUGCCUCCACCAGCAGUGGAGACUGUGGUGCCAGAUUCAACUGUUCUGGACUUACUAGUUCCCACAUUUACACAGCCGUUGAAGACGGAGGACUCAAUCAUAGAGGUUCUGAAGUACAGUCAGAAAGACAUGGAUGCUGCACUUCAGAAAGCAGACAGACUGGCAGAGGAGCGGCAAAAAGAGCUGCAGUCUCAGAUUGAAGCAGUGCGUCUGGAGAAUCAGCACAUGUUGUUUAUAGUGUCAGAGUUUGAAGUCACCAUCACUCAGAUCACAGAUGAGCAUAAACAGAAGGAAGAUGUGGCUAAAACGGAGUUGGAACGAGCCCUUCAUGAAAAAGAUCAGCUGGCCAAAGACUUGAAUGAUUUGGAACGAUCCUUCUCCUCUGUUGUCAAACGCCUUGACAGAUGCAAGGAGGUUAUCGAGGGAUUCAAAAAGAAUGAGGAGACUCUGAAACAGUACGCUCAUAAUUGCAUGGACAGACUGCAGAAAGAAGAAAAGCGUUAUCAAGCUCUUAAAGGCCAUGCUGAGGAGAAACUAGAUCAAGCAAAUAAGGCGAUAGCAGAGGUGCGCACUAAGCAGGGCGCAGAGGUGGCAGCUCUUCAAGUGCAACUCAAGCGAGAACAGCUGAAAGUUCAGUCCCUAGAGAAGGAUCUGGAACAAAAGGCUAAAGAAGUUAAAGAUGUUACAGAACUCUGUGAUGAGCUGCUCCUUAAAGUACAGAAGCAUGGCUUUUAAUUUGUUUGCCUUUUAUCUGUGUUGUUCGUUGUGUUAUUUGUGUUCAUUAUAUGUAGUUUUAAUAAAUAAUAAAUGGAGAA